UGUAUUGUACUAAUCUAUUCUCAUCAUUUUCCUUUUCUUUUCUUUUUCCCUAAUAUACUAUUCUACUAAUUUCCCAAUAUUAUCACACACACAAACGGCAAGGGCACUCUCAGAUUCUCCUCUUUCUCUCAAACCCCUCAAUGCAUUUCUAGAGAGAGAAAGUGAAAGAGGAAAAAACUCCAUUUACCCACAAUUUUGGUGCAAUGAAAGUGUCUACUACUGCUGGGAGUUGUAGUUGUACACUUGAAACAGAUAGUAAUAGUGAUAAUGUUACUAGUACUAGUGAUAGUAAUAGUGGUGGUGAUGUUGGGGAUGCCGGAGAGGAAGUGGUUGGAAGGGUGGUGGCGGUGGUGGGAGUGAAAUUAGAUUCGAAAAGUAAAGAGUUACUUACUUGGGCUUUGGUUAAGGUUGCUCAGCCUGGAGAUCAUGUGGUUGCUGUUCAUGUUUUGGAUCCUAAUUAUGAAAAAUCAGAACCUCUUUCAUUGGUGAAGUCGUUCGACUCGAUGCUGGCCGCUUAUGAAGGUUUCUGCAAUUUGAAACAGGUGCAUUUGAAGCUUAAAGUGUGUCGAGGAUCACCGGUUCGUAAAGUUCUUGCUCGUGAAGCAAAAUUGGAAAAUGCUAUAAAUUUGAUUAUUGGGACUUCAGGAAGCCAUCACGCCAUUCGGUCAUCAGUGUCACUUGCAAAAUACUGUGCUAGGAAAGUGACAAAGAGUAUCUCCGUUAUUGCUGUUGAGAAUGGCAAGAUUGUCUAUCAAAGGGAAGCAAGUGGUUCAGUUGGAUAUGAAUCUUCCAGUGACUCAGAUGUGCCGUAUUCAAGAUUCAAGAGAAGAAAGACACUGGGCAAAAGUCCUUUGAGCUUAACACCUAAGAAAGACUCUUGUACAGCAGAGAACAAUCACAUGGCUUUGGUGCCUGUUAAGCCUAUCGAAGUCCCUGAGUCAAAGUCUCGCUGGACAUUGCUCAGACGAGUAUUUCUUCACAAUAUCUUGGCACCUGAAAAAUGUCCUGGGAAAAGGUCAUCUGUGAUGCAAUGGGUUUGGAAACGACCUAGUCGGCAAUCUUUUGCAGCUAUCUACCCUGAUCAUAAACAGAGUGUAUCUGACAAGGAUGAGCCUCAUCCUACAAACUUGGAUGAAGAGAAGGGAGCAAUUAUUCCUGCUGGAAGUGAUAUUAAUUCAAUUUUGGAUGAAUGCUUUGUUAUCCUUCCUGAGGAACUGGAGGGUCUUUCCGAAAAGUACGUAUCAAUUUGCAGAUUGUUCAGCUACCAGGAGCUUUGUUCAGCAACAUCUGAUUUCCGGCCCGAGAAUUUGAUUGGGAAAGGAGGCAGCAGCAAGGUUUACAAAGGGUGCCUUCCAGAUGGCAAGCAACUGGCUGUAAAAAUAUUGAAGCCAUCAGAAGCUGUAGCGCAGCAAUUCCGUUCGGAGAUAGAGAUACUCACAACUCUGCAUCACAAGCACAUUAUAUCACUGUUUGGGUUUUGUUUGGAGGAGAACAACCUUUUACUGGUUUAUGAUCUGUUAUCCAGAGGAAGCUUAGAAGAGAAUCUCCAUGGUUCGAAAAAGGAUCAAAAUUCAUUUAACUGGGAAGAGAGAUACAGGGUUGCUUUGGGUGUUGCGAAGGCACUGGACCACCUACACAAUGCAUCUGAUGAGCCCAUAAUCCACAGGGAUGUGAAAUCUUCAAACAUUCUUCUGUCCAAUGAUUCCGAGCCACAGCUUUCAGAUUUUGGACUUGCGACAUUGGCCUCGAGCUGUUCAAAUCAUUUAGAUAGCAUUGAUGUUGCUGGAACCUUUGGCUACUUGGCUCCUGAGUACUUUAUGCAUGGAAAGAUAAAUGAAAAGAUUGAUGUGUAUGCAUUUGGUGUUGUGCUCCUUGAGCUUUUGUCUGGUAAAAAACCAAUUGAUAAUGGGAACGGGAAAGGUCAGGAAAGCUUAGUCAUGUGGGCGAAACAAGUUUUGAAGGGUGGCAACAUGAGGGAGUUGCUUGAUCCGAGCUUGAUUGAUGCUUAUGAGCAUGAUCAAUUUGAGAUAAUGGUCUUGGCGGCAUCGCUGUGCAUCAGAGGAGCUCCUGGAAUUAGACCUCAAAUUGACACUGUGGUGAAACUUCUCCAAGGUGAAGCUGAAACAAUUAAGUGGGCGAUGGAAGAAGGCAAAGCAGAAGAAGUAGAUGCUGUCGAUGGUGAACAACCACCCUCAAACAUUCAAUCCUUCAUUAACCUUGCAUUGCUGAAUUUGGAGGAUGAGUCCUCACUUUCCUGUAACAGCACGGGACCAACAAUUUCCGUGGAGGAUUAUUUGCAAGGGAGAUUUAGUCGCUCUUCAAGUUUCGACUAGCCAUUCCUACGAUAGGUGUCUAUGGGUAUAUCAAGUUACCGUUUGUCUGUAAAUACUGACUUUUCCUUCUUGAUUGAUUGUCCCAUUGCUGAGUCGUGGUACGAGAGGUUUGCUGCUGUUGACCUCCUCCUUGUCAGCCUGGGCUGAUUUUUGCUUCAAUUAUCGCCUUUUUCCACAGCUUAUUUUCGGGGUGUUGUAGCAAAUGCUGCCAAAUGUAUGAGCAAAUGAUUAGCAGAUGCUCGCAGGUGAGUUAUUGUAAAUGAAAUCCAAAAUUGAGAAGGUGUAAUUAAACAUUUGAGUUCAUGUUUAGUUGGAAGAAAAUAAUUUUAGCUGUCAA